AACACCAGAUGUUUCUAAGAUUGGUAUUUCAGCGGACAUCAAAACUCCUGAUAUAAAGAUUAAGAAAGGAAAAUCACCUAAUGGUUCUUCUGAUAUUGAAUUCGACAUAAAGGAAAACGUUUCCGUUGGUAUUCCAUCGGUUUCUGUUCCGAGUGUUGAAAUCAAAACUUCAUCAACUCCUAAAGUGGAGGGUCACGUAGAAAUCCAAGACAAAGAUUUCAACAUGUCAAUGCCAGAUAUAAAAUCUACAUCGAUUCCUCAUAUUGGUCAAGACGUGUCGACUACUUAUGUCACAGAUGAAAAUAUUCCUGAUCGGGACAUCGAUGAACGAGAUCUUAUUCGUGGAAGAGAAACUGUUGUUGACAAUUUGGAAACCAAUCAAUUUGUAAAUCCAAACAUAAGUUCACCGUCUUUCUUAAGUAAAUUGAGAAAAGGCCUGAAAAUGUCAACAUCCAAAACGAACAAAAAAUUAAAAGAUAAGGGGGAUAUGGAAACUGCAGAAUCAGACGAUAUAACGAAAUCGUUGUUGAACGAUUUUAUCGAAAAGGAACGUGAGAGUACCGUCGUACAAUUUUUACCAGAAACUGAUACUAAUACCGAAGUUGACGAAGUGCCCGGGUACGAAGCAAGUUCGAAAACUACAAAAAAAGUAGACGAAUUGAAGGUCGACAAGCCGGAUGUGUCCCAAAUGUUAAAACCGUUCACGACUGAAUAUCAGAUCAACCAAACGGGCACGUUCAACACGUGGAAAUCACGAAGGGUUGUUCGACGCAUUAUUAUCAUCGACGGACAAGAGAUCGAGGUGGAAGAUACAAUUGAUGAGCCUGAGCCUGGUGCACCAGUUAAAAAUAUAUUGAGAAGAACGAUCAAGAACGGCGUUGAAGUAGUUGAGAAUAUUAUCGAUCCGGAGGAAAUAGAGAAGAUCUUACGAUUGUCUGUACUUAAUGAUGUCGUAAAAAAUACUAGUGAAAGUGUAACAACUACUAGAACGCGUAGAAUCAUUAGGCGCAAAAUUAUUGUCGACGGAAAAGAGUCCGUAGUAGAAGAGGAGAUUGACGAACCUGGUACUGGUGAAAUAAGGGAUCGUGUCAUUGUUAAAUCGUUUAACGAUGGACCAGAGAUUGUAGGACAGUUAAAAAAUCUUGAUCAAGUUCAAAGUAUGAGUUCUAUCCAAACAUCUGAUAGCAGCGUAGUGACUGACCCUAAUUUUAUGACGGAGGCUAUUACUAAAAGUAUUAUAAGGCGUAUAGUAGUUUUGGAUGGUAAGGAAAAGUUUAUGGAAGAGGUUGUUGAGCUACCGGAUUGUGAAGUUUCGAGAUCAAAUGCUGAUAGUCUUGAGAUUGUUGAAGCUAUUGAUAAUCCAACCGAUUUCCUUAAAUUUGAAAGGGAUCAUUGUGACUACGUUCAUCCUAAUGAACAUAAGUCUACAAAAUCUAAUAUAUUAGAAUCCAUUGAAAAAAAUAUUAUCCAGUCAGAUUCGAAGAAAAUGGUAUUGAAAAAGGUGAUGGGUGAUAAUGAUAGAGUUCAAUUCGUGAUGGAUAUAGUUGAUGAUCAAUCACCAAGAGUAAAAUCGAUAAAAUUAAGUGAAUUAUCUGUUUUAUCUAAUCGUCUUAAUACUAUUAAAAAUAAUAUUUUGAGAUCAGACAAUAAACACAAAUAUAUUAUGUAUUCUCUAUUCUUUGAGGAGAUUUUUGAGUUAUUGGAUGUUAUCACAUACCACGUCUCAAAACAUAAAAAAGUCAUCGAUGCGGAAGUGGAAUUUUGUUUGGAGGAACCUAUAAACUCAACACAAAUUUUAAAUCAAAUUGAAUCAGUCGUUAAAGAAGUAUCUAACAUAAAAGAAAAACAUACAAGUACAAAUGAUGAAUUUGAAAAAAUUAAGUCUAUGAUUGAAAAACUACAAAAUAAAACAAAAUUGGUUAAAAGCCAAAUUGAAUCUUUCGACGAAGAUAUCAAUUUAGUUGAUUGGCAGAAUCAAAUUUUAGCAAUUGAAAAUAUUCAUAAAAAAAUAGAACAAUAUAAAUUAGAAUUUGAACAAUUAAAAAAAGGAAAAUCAUCAUACCAAGAAAAACUUCAAAAAUUGGAAAUAUUACUCGAUAAUAAUCAAUUAGUAAUUGAAGAAUUAUUUGAUAUUAUCAGUAUUUACAAAGUGAAAUACAACUCAAAAAAUAAAUUACCAGAUGACACAUAUAAAUAUUUAAGAGCUGCGAUCAAACUAGAUAAAGAAAUAGGAAAUACAACCAAAUUUUUUAUUGAUGAAAUUGAAAAAGAUAAUUUCACCAAUUUGAACUCUAAACAGUUAGAAUUGGUUUGCUUACCUGCAAAAAAUUACGAAAAUACAAUUAAAUACUUUAACAUUAAACAUAUUCUGGAGGAUCUUGACAAAUAUCACCACGUCACUACAAAACUGAUCAACUUAAAGACCUUAUUAGAAUCUCAGAAACCCGAUAAAAACGCAAUAAAACAUUUAGAUACGGAACUGAAUACUACGCAGUCAAACAUAAAAAAACUUCUAUCCAUUCAGAAUGAGUGGACUCGUUUAGAAGAUAUUUUAACGGCCGAACAAAAAUGGUUAGAUGAAGUUGGAGUGUCAAUUCUUGACCUAACGAAAAUAACGUCGAUAAAUUACGUUCAAACACUGUCUAACACACAAAAUACUAUCACAGAUGUGGCUAUACAUUUCGACAAACUUAUAUAUUUGAAGGACAUUAUAGAAAAACUCCAGAAUCAAAUUGAUGUGAAACCGUUAUUGUAUGUUUGUGAACAGCAUACAAAUGAUACUUUCAAACUAAAAAACAAUUUGAGGGCGAAAGAAAUACGCUUGAUUACAUUCAAGAAACAAUUUGACAAGUACAGUGAACUCAAAAACAACAUUGAGUUGAAUUUAUCAAGCAUUACAUCAAAUUUAGAAAUUAUUACACCAAAUCAAGAAAUUGUUAAUAACAAUAUGAUUCGAUACGAGCUGGAGAUUGUAGAAGAAUCUAUUAGAACUUGUUCCGUUAGUUUAAAUGAAUCACUUGAUAUUCUGCCUAUCUCCGAUGGACAAGGUGAAAUUGAGACCAUGGGGUCACUUGCAACGGAAUGUAAGGCACUAAAAGAUAAACUGCAUAGAACAAGAUCUACUGUGGACAAUUGUGAUGUUUCAAAAAUACUUAAACGCCUUGAAACUUCUUUAGAAAAACCGAAAGACACAUUAUUAGACCAUAUUAAGACACUCAAAAGUGUUUCGUACGAAAUAAUCGACAUUGGGAGUCUUGAGAACCACGACCAACAAUUGAAUACUUUCCAAAGUCAAUGUAAUAGCCAACUAAAAGAUUAUAUGGACUUAAAUAACAAAACCGAAAAUUUGCGUAAUACUCUAUUCGAGCUAAUUAACGACAUAAACAAUGCUGAUUACACUUUGUCAGAAUUGGAAAACGAAUCACAUAAAGACAGACACACUUCCGAAACAGCAAUAUGCAAAACGUAUCAUCAAGUUUCGGACAAUAUGAAAAACAUGCAACAAAAGCUGUCAUCAACUUCUCAACAGUUAAAACAGUUAAAAGAUGGUCUUAAGCACUUUAAAAAAGACAGAAAAUCAUUGGAAUCCGAAGUGAAUGAAGUUGAAAAACGGUAUAAACAAUUAAAAACAAAACAUCAAAGUGUACUCAAAACGUUGGAAAAUAAAUGCAACUAUUGGACAAUGGUUGACGAGCUGUUACUAAAAAUUAGAAUAAAAAAUAACCAUACAAACAAUUUAACUAUAAUUCCACUGGACUCGGACACUCUAGCAGACAAACAUUUAGAAGCAAUAUUGAAGCACCUCAAGGAUGUACGCAGCUCUUACGAAAAAGAGAAUAAAGCUAUUUUGGCUGACAUUGAAUCCCUGCGUAGAAAAGGAGACAAAGAGCAAAUCGACGAAAUAAUUGAAGGCGAUCAGACUCAAUGGAAUGACACCGGAGCGGCCGUAAAACAAUUAGUAGAACGUUAUGAAAAGGCAUCCAAAACACUACACAGUUAUCAACAACUAAGAGACUCUACAAAUGAUUGUUUGAAUAGUAAACUUUUGUCAAUUGAAACUACCGAAGAUGUAUCUGAUAAGACAAAGUCGAUUGAUAAACAACAAGAAAACCUUGUCGAAUUACGGAACAUGAUAUCGGACGUGGCCGAAACGAUUGGAUUAAAUCCAGAUGACGUCCCACUAAACGAAAUCGAAGAACUGAGUUUGAAACUAGAGAAAGUCCAAAAAGUUCUCGCUGCACUCGGAGAUGUUGCGGACAAAAAGAACAAAAUGUCGGACGACAUCGAAGAUGCGAAACGACUUUUGCAUGAUAUCGAAAAAAAUUCAUCAAAAUCAAUCAAGAACAAUGACGAGAACCUAAAAGAAUUAAGAACUAAAUUGUUAGAUUUAAACAAAUCGAAAAAAGAGAUGGACGAAUCUAUUGACAUCGAUAACUUUGAAAUACCUUUAAGUGAAAAACGAACAUACUCUAUAAUCGAAGUAUUCCAGCUCUGGCAGCAAAUAUUCAAAGAAACGUUCAAUCAAUAUCGUAGAGUGUCGUGUACUUUACUUGAGAACGAAAACAAUGUCGCUGUAUUUGAACUAUGGCACGACUAUUUGAUGUAUGUACAAGAAUUUUUAAAAUCUCCGGUCCCGGGUGAUUACCAUUCGCUAACAAGUCAUGAACGACUAUGCCAAGUACAUCAAGAAGUAUUGAUCAGUCAGAUGGAUACUAUACCCAAUUGUAUGAAUAAGCCAGACAUCAUAUCUGAGCCAGCUGCAUUGGAAAGAUUUACAUCUUUAAUGGAUUUGCACAAUGAAACCAUGACAGAACUUGAGAACACUCAUCAAGAAGUGUGGACCAAACUAGGUCACUGGAAACAAUACCGAACAAAUGUUAAAAAAGUAUAUGAAUGGCUGUGGAAGGUUGAAAAAGUUCAUUCAAAUUUAAAUCUUAAAUUCAUUAACACCAGGAGGCUGCCACAACUGAAGUCUCAAAUAACUAAUCUAUUAAAUAAUUUGUCUGUGGAACGUUCUCAAAUCGAUGACUUGGAAAAACGUCAAAAUACCAUCUUCGCGUUCUGUGAUAAACCUACCGAAACCGGCCACAGAAAAGAACUGAUAGCGAUUAGUCAACGAGUCAACGAGAUCCAGGCAUCGUUAGAAGUUUGGAAUGGAUACCUAGAAAACGUAGAAAAACUUACCACCGCUUUUGAUGUCCAAAGCACUGAAAUCGAUCAAGUAUUGCAAGAUGUGCAAAUUAAACUUGAUACACUAAAACAUGAAUUUGGUUCUAAUGAGGAUAUAGUGCCAUCUGAUAAACUGAAAGUAGAGUCCAAUAAAAUACAGGAAUUAAAUAACAGCUUGAAACAAUUAGAUCCGCAACUCUCAUCUACUACUGAUAUACGAGACAAGUUAAAAGAUUCAUUAGAUCCUAUAGAAAUUCGUUCAUUUGGACAAAAACUUAGGUUUUUAAUGUAUCACCAAAAGGAUUUACAAUAUCAAUUGUUUUUGUACUCUUGUCAAAUAGAUAAUUUGUUGUAUAAACCACAAGAAUUCACUCAUAGAUACACUAGAUUUAGGAACUGGGCUGUUGAUACCGAAACUCAGUUGAAAAAUUUAACUAAAUCUUUGAAAGAUCCACAAUUUGCUAUUGAUGUGUUGAAACCCGAAUUUGAAUCUCAGAUUAAUUCUAAACAAAAAGAAUUUAAUUGGUUAAACGGAGCUGGUAGUCAACUAAUUAAAGCAGAAUCACAACUAAAUCCUCAAUUAGCAAAAACUACCGAAUCCAACUUAAAAGAAAUCAAUGAAAACUGGAAUAAUUUAAAUGGUUCAUUGUACAAAUAUACUGUCGAAUUACCUACAACAAUUUUGAAUACAAAUAAACUAUUCGAUAAAAUCAACACCUUCAAAAUUUGGAUCAGCGACUUUGAAUCAAAAAUAAACAGCCCAAUCGUUUUUAACGAUCGUUCAGAAUACAACUUGAAAGAAGAAUUGAAAUCUUUAGAUGCAUUAAGUAUUAUGUAUAAAGAAAAACAAGGAGAAUAUAACGAAUUAAUGGCUAAUUGCAAUGAACAAUUAAAGAGCGAUAAAAACACAAAUGCUUCUGAUGCCACUCAAGAUUUGCAGUGCCCGUCUAAGACAUUACCUAUCAACUGGAAGAACCUAGAAAACAAAAUUAGCGACAAACGCGUUCGCGUAUUAAACGCAUGGGAGGAACUUCAAACUAUACUUGGCUUGGUCGAUGUAGAAACCAAAUGGCUGAGUCGGUUAAAUAUUACCGUCGAAGAACAUAAUAAAAAGAAAUUCUUAGAACAUAAAAGUUUGUCUGGCUUAAUCAGUAAUUUCGAACAGGAACAACAAACCGCAAAAGACAAGUUUUCUAAGUUGGAACUCGCUGUUUCUAUAUCUCGUUCUACAUAUACUGCCAAGUUCGUUGACGAAGAAAUAGAAAUAAUUAGUAAAAAACGAAAAUCCCUAUUGGAGCAAAUCGAUAUGAUACUUAUCGUUCUUAAAAAAUCAUUGACACUGUGGAAAGAUUUUAUUAAUGCACAUGGAAGAGCUGUAGUAACCCUGACCCAAGUCGAUACCAAACUAAUUCAACUCGAGUUGUUAGAAAAAGGUGAUAAUGCUGACGAAGGAAGUGCUCGUGUUAUGGAGAAGGACCUUGGAAAUUUACAGAUAUUAGAAAUGGAGUUAAAAAAAUACGGAGGGCUUCUUGAGAAAGCAGAUGCAUUAGGUCUGCAAUUGAUGACUAAUAGUACUCCUGGGGAUAUAAAAAAUAUCCAAGAAAUGAUUGACGAAUACCAACUUUUAUGGAAGGAUAUCAACAAUCGUAUUGAAAAAUUGAAGGUGACGUGUGUUCAAGAAACUUCGUGUAGAAAGAAGCGGUCGGUGAACGAAGAAGUUCAAGUCGAAACAUUAAAGUUCGGCAAAGAUUCACAAGUGCAAGUCGACACUCUUCCCACCGAAUUGCUCAGAAAAGACUCAUUCCAAUACGAAUUACAAACAGCGAUGGCGAACGCUAAUACCAACCUAAACGAGUUAGAAUUAGCUAUACAAAAAUCUGACAAGAAUUUGUCGAAAAAUAUUGCCACCUGUCAAAUGUCCAUGGACCUGAUCAAACAUCUCAGUAUCAUAUUAAAAACACAGUGUGGAGUGUCAGAGUCCGACAUAACCAUAGUCAGAUCUGAAGAAUUAUUGACCAAGUACGAGGAGCUUCUUGUAAAGUUCCGAUCACAACAACAAGUCGGUCAACCAAAAACUAGCAAUUCGGCGAUGUGUCCACUGUGCUCUGAACAAAACUGGUCACAGUUCGAGAACGACAUGUGGCGCUUGGAACACUGGAUACAGUCAACCGAAGCUAAGCUCAGCGUCCAACCAAUGGUACCACCGUCGAAGAUCGAACAACUGGAAGACGUCAUACAGGAGCACAGAGAACUUUUGUUGUACUUGGACAGUCACCGUAAUAUCGUGCAGUCGUUGAACGUGAUUGGACAGCACUUGGCCGAGCACAGCAACGACGUGGAAAGAGCAGCUCAGAUCAAAAACCGUUUAUCUGCUACCAACUCCAGAUGGGAUCGUGUCUGUUUUGCUUGCACCGAGUGGCAGACCAAACUGCAAACUGCACUUAUGGAGAACGAGGAGUUUUACGGCGUAAUUGACGAGCUCGUCGAUUGGCUAGACGAAACGGAACGAGCGAUCAAGACGACCGAACCGGUGGACCUGGCUGAGGACACGGUUAUCAUAGCGGACAAAUUCAAUAAGUUUAAGAACAUGCACACGGAACUGGAGAGGUGCGAACCACGAGUGGUAUCGCUGCUCGAGGCGGCAGACUGGCUACGUCAGGCCAACGAAAAAACUGGCGCCUCGACGCGCUCAGCCUCCACAUCCGAUCAGACCAUCGUCGACUCUCACGCGAGACUGUCACACCUCAGGGCCCGACUCACGGUGUUGAUAAACAUGACUGCCAGCUACGCGACGAAACUUGGCACCACUUUGGGCUAUGACAUGACGCCGGACAGCGUUUGCAUAAGACUCCACCAGGUGGACGAUACCAGCACUGCUAUGAAUCGAACAAAUGAAGAAGAACCAAACACAAAUGUUGGCGGAGAUGAGACGGUGCUGAGACGCGGCUACAGAUUCUUCGGCCGGGUGAUGCGAGCGUCCCUACCUUUCCAGGUCCUGAUGUUGCUGGUCUUGGGCGCCGCCUCUCUGGUCCCAAUCGUCGACGAGGAGUUCAGCUGCAUGGAGUCCAACAGCAUCGCCUGGAGCCUUUACCCGUUACUCCGCUAUCCCGGCGGACCACCGCCAGUGUAGAACCACCCCGAUGAUGACUACCCCCCCCCCCCCCCAACACCACCACAAUCACCCAUAUCGAUCGAUACUAUUUGAUCAUUAUUGUCAUUAUUUUUUUUAAUUAUUUUCAUUCUUAUUCGUAUUACUAUUAUUGUUGUGAUUACUAUUAAUUUUAAACUCACGCAUACACACGCCCCCCAGUUGAAAUCGUUCAUAGCAUUAUAUUGUAUUGUAUAUUAUUUGUAUUUGCCGUUGUGAUUUUUAAUAUUUAGGUUGUAAUAUUGUUCGGGGUAUGUACCUAUCGUGUACCGCGGUCGGGGUCUUGAUGUACGAAUACCGACGACCGCGAUUAACACCUAACCUGUCCCCUUAGGUUAUUAAGUCGGUUUUCGAAAUGUAUUUUAGACACAAGAGAAAUAUUGUCAUAUAAAAAGAAACGCUUUAAACAUUUCCCGAGUUCGUACAUCCGGUGCAGCGCUUUGGGAACACUUUUUAGUUUCCACAGCGUACCUGCUUAAUUUUUUGUUAUUUCUAUUGGUAACUUAGAGUGGCGGUUUCGCCAAUAACAUUGUUAAGUAAAAUAUUGACGGUAAUUUGUUUAUUAGAUUUUCACUCUAAAUAUCAUGAUAUACGACGUUAAAUCAAAAUGAAACUAAGAUGAUAUUAUAAUAAUACGAGACUGUCGAAGUGCAGGGUACAAAAAAAAAA